AUGGAGAGCCCUCACGAACACCAGCAGAAUCUACUGCUUUCACGUAUUAUUACCAAUGUUGAGAAGCUUAACGAGGCUGUUAUGGUGAUGAAUAAGAGUCUCCAGGAUAUCAACAUUCAGAAUAUGAAUGUCGAACUGGUAGCUCAAAUGUUCAAGAACUACCAAUCGAACGUUUUGUUCCACCUAGAAGCUACGGACAACUUGAAACCCCCAAGCUGA